UUAAGGGCGCGGGGCGCGGGGGCGGGCUCCCGGGCGGCCGGCGCGAAGGGCGGACGAGGAUGUCAGGGACCCGAGCCUCCAAUGACCGGCCCCCCGGCACAGGCGGCGUCAAGCGGGGCCGGCUGCAGCAGGAGGCGGCGGUGACCGGCUCCCGCGUAACCGUGGUGCUGGGCGCGCAGUGGGGGGACGAGGGCAAAGGCAAGGUGGUGGACCUGCUGGCCACGGACGCCGACAUCGUCAGCCGCUGCCAGGGAGGCAACAAUGCUGGCCACACCGUGGUGGUCGAUGGCAAGGAGUAUGAUUUCCACCUGCUCCCCAGCGGCAUCAUCAACACCAAGGCAGUGUCUUUCAUUGGCAAUGGUGUGGUCAUCCACCUGCCGGGCUUGUUUGAAGAAGCAGAGAAGAAUGAGAAGAAAGGCCUGAAGGACUGGGAGAAGCGGCUUGUCAUCUCCGACCGGGCCCACCUUGUGUUCGACUUCCACCAGGCGGUGGAUGGACUGCAGGAAGUCCAGCGCCAAGUGCAGGAGGGGAAGAACAUCGGCACCACCAAGAAGGGAAUCGGACCAACCUACUCCUCCAAGGCUGCCCGGACAGGCCUCCGCAUCUGUGACCUGCUGUCAGACUUUGACGAGUUUUCCACCAGAUUCAAGAACCUGGCCCACCAGCAUCAGUCCAUGUUCCCUAGCCUGGAGAUAGACAUUGAAGCCCAACUCAAGAGACUCAAGGGCUUUGCUGAGCGGAUCAGACCCAUGGUCCGAGAUGGGGUCUACUUUAUGUAUGAGGCUCUCCACGGCCCCCCCAAGAAGGUCCUGGUGGAAGGUGCCAACGCCGCCCUCCUCGACAUUGACUUCGGGACCUACCCUUUUGUAACAUCCUCCAACUGCACAGUGGGCGGUGUCUGUACAGGCCUGGGCAUCCCACCUCAGAACAUAGGCGACGUGUACGGUGUGGUGAAGGCCUACACCACUCGCGUGGGCAUCGGGGCCUUCCCCACAGAGCAGAUCAAUGAGAUUGGGGAUCUACUGCAGAGCCGUGGCCAUGAGUGGGGGGUGACCACAGGCAGGAAGAGGCGCUGCGGCUGGCUGGACCUGAUGACCCUGAGAUAUGCGCACAUGGUCAACGGCUUCACCGCGCUGGCCUUGACCAAGCUGGACAUCCUAGACGUCCUGAGUGAGAUUAAAGUUGGCAUCUCAUACAAGCUCAACGGGAAGAGGAUUCCCUACUUUCCAGCUAACCAGGAAAUACUCCAGAAGGUCGAAGUGGAGUACGAGACACUGCCUGGCUGGAAAGCAGACACCACAGGUGCCAGGAAGUGGGAGGACCUGCCCCCACAGGCCCAGAACUAUGUGCGGUUUGUGGAGAACCAUGUGGGCGUGGCAGUCAAAUGGGUCGGUGUUGGCAAGUCCAGAGAGUCCAUGAUCCAACUGUUCUAGACCCAAAGGAGUGGCUGCUCCAGGCCACAGCCAUGCCCUGUCCAUUUGGGAGCAGCUACAGCCAUGUUCCUUGGUGUCACAAGCAACACUGGAGACAAAAAAACCUGAAAAUUAUUUUCUGUACUUCUAUUUUUCUGAAGCUUUCAGCUCCACCCACUGAAUAUUACAGUGAUUUAAACAUCUAAAAACCAGCACUGUGUAAAGUUUUUAAAAAUUCUGCUAUUUAAUAUGAGCCCAAGGACUCAAAACAGAGGCCUUGUGUGACGCGCUGUGACCGUGUGCCUUUUCGGAGUGGUGCGGCAAUAAAUGUGUCCAGAAGCCCGA